GGCAAAUGUAUCAUUUGGCGGGUUAGCUAACAAUUCUUAAAUGUAGUUUUCCAGUACAGUCACGUGCUAUUUGCUAAUCGGGAUAAACUAUUUUAGUUUAUAUAAAUUAUUUGAUAAAUAAUAUAGCUAUGUACCAAAUGACGUUUUAUAUUAUAGUUAAGGGAUGAUCUAUGGUUUGAUGUCCCAUCGUAAUCGGAUAACCGACAGGACACUGACACUGCAGUCAGGUGACGGGGCAGCUUGGUGCUGUUAGUAUGUAUAAAACAGGGUGUAUAAAACAUUAGGAACAUGUGUUCUGUUCAUGACAGAUUGACCAGACCAGUGCCAUGGCUGCUGGCAUCACGAUCCGAAGAUACCAGGAUGAUGACAAGGAGACCGUGAAGGAGAUCUUCACCAUGGGGAUGAGCGAGCACGUCCCUUCCUCCUUCAUGCACCUCCUCAAACAGCCCCUGACCCAGAUGAUCCUGAUGGUCACGUUCUGCGCCCUGCUGGCCAGCUCCAGGUCCGUCCUGCUGCCUGUAGUAGGGGUCACUCUCCUCCUGGCCGGGGCCAAGCAGCUGGUGGGCUACCUCUUCAACAGCUACAUCGACACCUCCCUGAGGAAGGACCUCGACCACAUCCAGGAGACCUACCUGGAGAACAAGGACUCGUGUUUCUGGGUGGCUGAGAGCGACGACCGAGUGGUGGCAACGGUGGCCUGCCUGCCCGCGGAGAGAGAACCGGGCUGCAUGGAGCUGAAGAGGUUGUCUGUACGUCGGACACACCGGGGGAUGGGUAUCGCUAAGGCCCUCAGUAGGACAGUGGCAGACUUCAGCAGGGAGAGAGGCUUCCCUGCGGUCGUUCUCUACACGUCUGUAGUGCAGACUGAUGCACAGAGGCUGUAUGAGAACAUAGGCUACACACGGGUCAGAGAGUUUGUCAUCCCUGAGCCCAUCGCCAAAAUCACCAACUUUACCUUGAUAGAGUACAGACUGGACUUACUGCAGGCGGGGAAAUAGGAGGAGGACUGGACUUACUGCAGGCGGGGAAAUAGGAGGAGGACUGGACUUACUGCAGGCGGGGAAAUAGGAGGAGGACUGGACUUACUGCAGGCGGGGAAAUAGGAGGAGGACUGGACUUACUGCAGGGGGGAAAUAGGAGGAGGACUGGACUUACUGCAGGGGGGGAAAUAGGAGGAGGACUGGACUUACUGCAGAGGGGGGAAUAGGAGGAGGACUGGACUUACUGCAGGGGGGAAAUAGGAGGAGGACUGGACUUACUGCAGGGGGGAAUAGGAGGAGGACUGGACUUACUGCAGGGGGGAAAUAGGAGGAGGACUGGACUUACUGCAGGGGGGAAUAGGAGGAAGACUGGACUUACUGCAGGGGGGAAAUAGGAGGAGGACUGGACUUACUGCAGGGGGGAAAUAGGAGGAGGACUGGACUUACUGCAGGGGGGGAAAUAGGAGGAGGACUGGACUUACUGCAGGGGGGGAAAUAGGAGGAGGACUGGACUUACUGCAGGGGGGAAUAGGAGGAGGACUGGACUUACUGCAGGGGGGGGAAUAGGAGGAGGACUGGACUUACUGCAGGGGGGGGAAUAGGAGGAGGACUGGACUUACUGCAGGGGGGAAAUAGGAGGAGGACUGGACUUACUGCAGGGGGGAAAUAGGAGGAAGACUGGACUUACUGCAGGGGGGAAAUAGGAGGAGGACUGGACUUACUGCAGGGGGGAAAUAGGAGGAGGACUGGACUUACUGCAGGGGGGGAAUAGGAGGAGGACUAGACUUACUGCAGGGGGGAAAUGGGAGGAGGACUGGACAGGAUUUUAAUCCAUGACGGCGUAGUAUGUUACUAAUGGUUUUCUUUGAGACUCUGGUCCCAGCUCUCUUCAGGUCAUUAACCAGGUCCUGCCGUGUAGUUCUGGGCUGAUCCCUCACCUUCCUCAUGAUCAUUGAUGCACCACGAGGUGAGAUCUUGCAUGGAGCCCCAGACCGAGAGUGAUUGACCGUCAUCUUGAACUUCUUCCAUUUUCUAAUAAUUGCGCCAACAGUUGUUGCCUUCUCACCAAGCUGCUUGCCUAUUGUCCUGUAGCCCAUCCCAGCCUUGUGCAGGUCGACACUUUUAUCCCUGAUGUCCUUUCACAGCUCUCUGGUCUUGGCCAUUGUGGAGAGGUGGGAGUCUGUUUGAUUGAGUGUGUGGACAGGUGUCUUUUAUACAGGUAACGAGUUCAAACAGGUGCAGUUAAUACAGGUAAUGAGUGGAGAACAGGAGGGCUUCUUAAAGAAAAACUAACAGGUCUGUGAGAGCCGGAAUUCUUACUGGUUGGUAGGUGAUCAAAUACUUAUGUCAUGCAAUAAAAUGCAAAUUCAUUACUUAAAAAUCAUACAAUGUGAUUUUCUGGAUUUUUGUUUUAGAUUCCGACCUCUACAUGCUUUGUAAGUAGGAAAACCUGCAAAAUCGGCAGUGUAUCAAAUACUUGUUCUCCCCACUGUAUGUUAUUUAAGAAUGAUUUGUCUUAAUUGUUUACAUUGACCUGUAUGUUUUUUUAAAAUGAAGGACAUUGAACCAUUGUUUUCAUUAAUUCAUACUGUUUGUAAACAACAGCUUCGGCCCUCUUAGGGUCUAUUUGACCCUCUUAUUAUAUCAAACCUCUCAGACUAGAAACUAGGAUUAGAAAAAGAUCAUUAGAAACUAUGGCCAACUAUGAUAAUAAACUAUGAAGCCAUGUC